UUUCUUUUACGCGCCAAAACAAUCUGCAUGUAAAUAACAACACGGUAAAGUUAAUUCUAUUUUUGCCAUGGAUUUUCAUUUAAAGAAACGAGCUCGUAAUGAGAUUAAAGUUGAGGUGGUUAGCUUGGAGACCAAGUAUCCACACAAUGUAAUGAUCUACAAUUAUCCACCUAUUGAUGAUAUUCAAAUCGAGGAGUUUGAGGACCUGGCUCUGGAACGGUUGCGUCUGCUGCGCAUAUUCGACCAUGCCGGAGCAAAGGGAUUACGCCUGCUCUCCGAUGACUGGAAGGAGUAUGUGAACGCUGAGCUCUCACGCGAGGGACUGCGCAAUUAUCUCCGCCUCUGCACGACCAGCGGAGCAAAUGCCACCGGCGCCAAACAUGAGGCUGAUAUUCAAACGCGUCGGCGUGACUAUUUGUCUCACUUUAUAUUGAGGCUGGCCUACUGCCGCUCCGAAGAUCUCACUCGUUGGUUUAUUGGUCGUGAAAUGGAAUAUUUUAAGUACAAAUUCUCUGCUCUAAGUGGGCCGGAGAUUAAACAAUUCCUGGAGGCAAACAAUUUUCACUUUCAACCGUUGACCGAAUCACAAAAGGAUGAAAUCAAAGAUGGAUUAUAUGAGAGUACUGCGGGCCAGAGUGUAACCAAGAUUGAGUUGUUGGACUUUUACAAGGUGCCCUUUACCCAAGUGCUGGAUCUUGUGCGUGGUCGUCGGUGCUAUCUAAACGCUGGCUAUGCUUAUGUCAAUACCCAUGACUUGGUCUCAAUAGUGGGAACGAAGCAACAGGAUGAGAUAGAACAGGGACUGCAAGCGGCUAAACUUCUCAUUGACGACGUGGAGGCGGACGAGCGUAUUGCCCGCAUGCUAAAAGCCUUGCAUACCUCAUACACUGGCAAGGAUUAUACAGUAAGCCGAGAAAUAGCUGUGCCAAUUGAAUCCUUGGAUCAGCUUUCCAAGACCUCGAUGCCAUUGUGCAUGCGCGUAUGCCACGAACACAUACGCACCCAGCAUCACAUAAAGCACGGCGGCCGCAUGCAGUAUGGACUCUUUUUAAAGGGCAUCGGUGUCACCCUGGAGGAUUCGAUACGAUUUUGGCGUGACGAAUUUUCAAAGAAAAUGGACGUGGAUAAAUUUACCCGCAGCUAUGAGUAUAACAUUCAUCACAACUAUGGCAAAAAAGGUUCCAUGGUUAACUACAGUCCCUACUCGUGCUUGAAAAUCAUUAAGGAAAUGGCCGCUCCCGGUGACUGCCAUGGCUGCCCAUACAAGGCUCUUGACCAAACAACACUCAAGUCGAAGCUAACGUCAUAUAGUCUGUCGCCGAGUGCCUGCGAAGAAAUUAUGUAUUUCGUAUCGCGUGGCCAUUAUCAAUUUGCCUGUGGAAAGUAUUUCAUGCUCACACAUAAUUCCCAAACUGAAGUCGCCAUCAAUCAUCCUAAUACCUAUUUCGAGGAAAGCCAAAACCUUAUGGGUAAUCGUCAGAAACGUAAUCCUUCAUCUCAAGCUUCGCAGGCCAAGUCGAAAAUUCACCAAAAUCUAAUCAAGGGACAUGCGGACAGAUCAAUGCUGAUGGGACAAGACGAUGAUGAGCUGUGGCGCAUAGCCGAGUCCCAGGAACGGGCCUAUCAGAGUCAGAAGGGCAUCAGUGAGGCUUUCGAUGAUGAUCUAGAUCUUACGGAAAUAGUAGAUUAACAACUUUUGAUUAAACAAUAAAAUUAUAUUUAAUUAGAGUUAGAAUUCUA